CCGUCUUCCCACCACACCUUCCCCGUCGCACCCACAGACGCUGCAACCAAAACCCUAACUUCCGUCAACUUUCCAAUUUCCCCAAAUCGUUCUACGGGAAACAUUUUGGAAAAGCAAAGCCCCAGAUCUUGUCUUCUGUUGCUCGUUUCUCCAUAGAAUCAGCGAUUCUGAAAUCUUCAAAUGCAAUCUGCGGCGCUACUUCAGGAAGAACUCCAUCGAAAGUUUCUUCUCUGACUUGUUACCCUUUUCCUCGUUUCCACCAUGACCUCUCGAAACCAGAACAGACCCCCUCGGAGCCCCUUUAGUAAGAAAGAUGGUACUGAUGAUGCUCCGUUUGAUAAGCGGAGAAGGAUCGGAGGAGGGAGGGUUGCGGCGGCCGGUGGCGGCGGCCGAAGUCGUCCAGCCUUUGGCGUGGUUACUAAUAGGCAGGAUGCGCCGUCCGUUGGCGAUCCUGGCAGUAGUGAGGGCUUGGAAUGCGGCACCGUUGAGUUUACAAAGGAAGAAGUGGAGGCGUUAUUGAAUGAGAAAAUUAAAUCGAAGAGGUUUGAUCUCAAGGGGAAAGUGGAGCAAAUGAAUGAGCAUAUAAGGAAGCUUAAAAUGUGCAUCAAAUGGUUUCAAGAACGGGAUGAAAGCCACCUCCUUGAGCAGGAUAAGCUUCAAAAUGAAUUGGAAUCUACCAAGAAAAAAUGCACAGAUACAGAGGUGGAAAUGAAAACCAAGGUAGAUGAGUCUAACACAAUUAUUGUGGAAUUGAAGAAAAAUAAUACCUCUUUAGAAGAGAAAUUUGUGAAGGAAGAAUCAGAUAAGUUGGAUGCAAUUGAGUGCCAUAGACGUGAAAGGGAAGCUCGUGUUGCUGUUGAAAAGUUGAAAGCCUCUCUAUCAGAAGAGCUUGUAAAAGCUCAAGAAGAAAAAUUGGCUGCUAAUCAAAAAGUAAUCUCACUUAAUGACAUGUACAAGCGGUUGCAAGAAUACAAUACAAGCUUACAGCAAUAUAAUAGCAAACUUCAAACAGAGCUUGCAACGGCUAAUGAAUCACUCAAACGAGUAGAAAAGGAGAAACUAGCCAUUGUGGAGAACCUCAGCACAUUAAGGGGUCACUAUAAUUCAUUGCAGGAUCAAUUAACUUCAUCAAGGGCUUCUCAGGAUGAGGCUAUAAAGCAAAAAGAAGCAUUAGUAAAUGAAGUUGCGUGUCUUAGAGGAGAAUUGCAGCAAGUAAGAGAUGAUCGUGAUCGCCAAGUGGAACAGUUGCAGGCCUUAACUGCUGAAGUUGUAAAGUAUAAAGAAAAUACUGGGAAAUCUUUUGCUGAGUUGGAUAACUUGACAAUAAAAUCAAAUGCCUUGGAGGAGACAUGUUCUUGUCAAAGAGAGCAACUACGUGUAUUGCAACAUCAACUAGAUGCUGCAAAUGAGAAAUUAAAGAUGGUUGAUUUAUCCACUUCGGAAGCAAAGGUAGAAUUUGAAGCACAAAAGAGAGUUGUGCGUGAAUUACAAGAACGCUUAGCAGAUGCUGAGUUUCAAAAUAGAGAAGGAGAAAAGUUGCGAAAGAAGUUGCACAACACCAUUUUGGAAUUAAAAGGGAAUAUUCGUGUAUUCUGCAGAGUGCGACCUCUAUUACCUGAUGAUUGUGGCGGAACAGAAGCCACUGUUUUUUCGUAUCCUACAUCAACUGAAGCUCUUGGCAGGGGGAUUGACUUAAUACAAAGUGGUCAGAAAUAUCCUUUCACAUUUGACAAAGUAUUUUCUCACGAAGCCUCACAACAAGAUGUAUUUGUGGAAAUAUCACAGCUGGUGCAGAGUGCCCUUGAUGGUUAUAAGGUUUGCAUAUUUGCUUAUGGUCAAACUGGUUCAGGUAAAACCUAUACCAUGAUGGGUAGGCCAGAAGCCCCAGAGGAGAAAGGGUUGAUACCACGCUCACUAGAGCAGAUAUUUCAAACUAGUCAAUCUCUUGUCGCCCAAGGUUGGAAAUACAAAAUGCAGGCCUCAAUGUUGGAAAUAUAUAAUGAAACUAUUCGUGAUUUGUUAUCAACAAAUCGACCAACUAGUGUUGACAUGGCCCGUUCAGAAAAUGGAGUUUCUGGAAAGCAAUAUGUUAUCAAACAUGAUGCAAAUGGAAACACACAAGUGUCUGAUCUUAUCAUCGUUGAUGUCUGCAGUAUAAAUGAAAUUUCUUCCCUUCUUAAGCAGGCUGCACAAAGCAGGUCUGUUGGAAAGACACAAAUGAAUGACCAAUCAUCAAGAAGUCAUUUUGUCUUUACAUUGCGAAUUUCUGGGGUAAAUGAGAGCACUGAACAGCAAGUACAGGGUGUCUUAAAUCUCAUUGAUCUUGCUGGUAGUGAGCGACUUUCAAGAAGUGGGGCAACGGGUGAUCGGUUGAAGGAAACUCAGGCCAUUAAUAAAAGUUUAUCUUCCUUGAGCGAUGUUAUUUUUGCUUUGGCAAAGAAAGAGGACCAUGUUCCAUUUAGGAACUCAAAACUUACUUAUCUCCUCCAGCCUUGUUUAGGUGGGGACUCGAAGACGUUAAUGUUUGUCAACAUCUCCCCAGAACCUUCCUCGGUUGGCGAGUCACUUUGCUCUCUUCGUUUUGCUGCUAGAGUUAAUGCCUGCGAGAUUGGGAUUCCUCGGCGACAGACAGCCGCGCGGCCUUCAGAUUCUCGGUUGAGUUAUGGUUGAUGUUGUAAUUUGUUCUACACCACAUUUAUAACUUGUACUACAUUAAUUUUUAUUUGCAAGGGGUUACAUGAUUGAUUGUAAUGUGUAUUAAGAAUCAGUCCAUUUGGUUUGUAUCACUGGUGGAGACGUGGCAUGUAUUACUAACUUGUAUUCUGUACUAAGAAAAGGGCCAUUUCUUAGCUUGUUAUAACAACAUAAAUCAACAUUUUCACUAAUCAACAUGACAGAUUUUUCUUUCAGA